AUCCAUUGUGACGUUACACAGUCACAACCUGCCGUCACUCUUUGUGACGAUAAGGGUCGGGUCAACGCAGACAACGUCUUCGGGUCAACAGGGUCAGUGAUAGGGUGUGAAUGUCUGUCGUCACAGUGGAUGACAGUAGAAAAAGAAUCAGAUCCAGAAAAAAAAUCAAGAAUGGAUUCAGAUCGUCCUAAACUAUGCCAAAAGGGUGCAAAUAGUGGCAGCCAUGCCUGGUGACAGGAAACCUGGAGGUGAUGAGCGAAACGAUUUUUUGAUUGCUCCGACUGGAAGCUGGCAGCCAAAAAGAGAAGUGAGAUUUGAGGUUUUCCUAGAGUUGAGCAACUGCCGAAAUGGCACGUGGUGGUGGAAUAACAUGCUAAUUGUAAUUUUCUAUGUGAUUUUUUUUUUUGAAAAGGAGGAAUGCUCCCCGACCUCUGCACACCACUCACACGGCCACAUGUGUACCUACCAUCUGAAACCACUGUAGAGCUCCCGAGACCACACUCCCGAGUCCCGACGUAGACGAUAGCUCGAAUGAUUGUCCGGUCAUGGCGCUCGGCCAACUUUGUACCGCCCAACCAGUACUACUCAGAGCCACAGACCCGGCGAGGCGUGACGACGGCUUCGUGAGUCUCACCCACUCUCCAGAAGCGCAAAACAACACGGGCCGGAAAGGGAGAGGCCAUACCGUAGACCGUAGACGACGGGACGUGCGGCCGUCGAGGCAGAGGCCACCCGCACCGGCCAUUCCCGCGCCCACACACCCCACGCUCGGCUCGGCCGUGCUUCACAUGCCGGUGCCGGCCAAGCCCAAGCCGCCGUUCCUCUCCUCUCCUCUCCACCACCUAUAAAUCCGAGGCGCUGCUACACGCUACAACAACCUCCAACAACAACCAGCGUCAGCGGCAGACCCUCGUGCUGUAGCCUGGUCCUGAACACAGCUGCUCGUGCCGGUGCCGGUGCCAGCGGCAGCCAGAACGUGAAGCGAUGCUGGUGAGGAGCGCGUCCACGCCGGUGCUCGGCGCGCUGCACGCCACCUCCGGGGCCGGCGGCGGCGGCGGCGGCGGCGGCCACUCCCCGGCCGUCCACUUCGCCGAGUCCUCGCCCACGGUCGCGUACCACCCGUCGCCCAUCUCCUGCAGCCUGUCCUCCGACCACGAGCGCUCUCGCGGGGGCGGCCUGCGCCGCGCGUGCUCGGACGGCAACCUGGCCGCGCUGGGCGGCCGCGCGGACGACCUCCACCACCACCACCUGCCGCCGCGGUCCAGGCCGGCGCUCGAGACGAUCCGGUCCUUCACGGCGCGCGACGGGGACAGGGACGAGGAGGAGGAGGAUGAGGACGAUGACCGAGAGACGAGCUUCGGGGCGCUCGGCCUCGGCAGCAGCAUGCACGCGCAGGAGCACCCGCUGUUCCUGGCCAGGGGCCUCGGGAUCGACCGGCUGGGGUCGGGCCUGCUGAACGCCGACUGCGGCGGUGCCGGCGGCAUCGACGGCGGCGGCUACCUGGUGGCCUCCGGCGGCGGGGGAGGGGACGGCUCCGGCAUCGAGAUCCACUACAAGAGGCUCAUCGACGAGGACCCCUGCAACGGCCUCUUCCUCAGGAACUACGCGCAGUUCCUCUACCAGGUGAAGGGGGAUCGCCGGAGGGCGGAGGAGUACUACUCCCGCGCGAUCCUGGCGGACCCCAACGACGGCGAGCUGCUGUCGGAGUACGCCAAGCUGGUGUGGGAGGUGCACGGCGACGAGGAGCGCGCCUCCAGCUACUUCGACCGGGCGGCCAGGGCCGACCCGCACAACACCCACGUCCUCGCCGCGCAGGCCGCCUUCCUGUGGGACACCGACGACGGCGCCGGCCCCGGCCCCGAAGACGGCGACGAUGCCAUGAGCUACGCCGGGUUCCCGGCCGCUCACCCGUCCAUGGCUUCCGCCACGAGCUGAGCUGAACCUCGCCGCGGUCUCUCUGAAGCUGAAGCCGACGCUGAUCGGAGCUAGUGUAGCUGCUUCAGCACCAGUAGAUUCUCUCCCAAUAAUUCCUAGUCGUCCAGACUCCAGCCUGCCUGUAUUGCUUGCUAUAGUGAACAAGUAUAUUCCGAUCC